AUGCCCGAGCCAGCUCCCCAAGACGUUCGUACGCUACAAGGGUUCAUAUCGGGCACGCCACAGACUGGGUGGUACGAUCGUCUAGACACUUCUUAUCGAAUGCGGACUGGUCAGGAAGCGCGAGAAUUUUUCAAGGUGGGAAAGGUCUUUGCCAUGCUAUACACUGAGACAGCAAGCGACACCUCCGUACAGCACCCCAACGACGAAGCAUACACAGUGAUACGCGGUAUUGGUACCUAUUCUGGUCGUGGAACUCUUAAGGACGGAUGCAACCCAGCCGAACAUACGAUCGUGUACUUCUCCGGGACUGAUCCUGCAUCAUGCUACAUUCCCGGCGAAUAUGAAAGCGGCAUGAUCAAAGAGCCAAUCGAGGUUGUGCCUGCUGAGCCAAACGAGAGGAUCAGGAGAGAGUCUCGCAUCCGAUUUGGCAAAGUGUAUCCAAUCGAGAUGAACGUCAAAGUCAAAGACAUUGGCCGAGUUCGCGAAGACCAUAUCAGUGCACUGAUCAGCUGCUGGGCGCAGGAAAACCAUACGCCAAUCCUGGCGUAUACUCCUUCAUCUUCGACCGCCUUUUCUUCGAACAACUGGUCAUCGGGCGGGUUCUCUUCUCAGCGUGUGUAA